CGCUGGGAUAAAUCCUUGAACCUCGCUCAGCGGCGAGCCAGGGGCCCGGUGCCAUUGGCAGGCGAGCGCGGCUUCUCGGCGGGCAGCGAGGGCAGCGUGUCCGGGUUCCAGGUUAAUGAACAUUUCUGUCACGCCCAUUGCCCAGCAGGCAUGCAGGUGUCAGCCAGAAUAUGGCACCCGACCUGAACUCAACAAAGGACUUGUUCGUUUUCUUAGGAAAAUCAGUGUUUAGUGUUCUGGAGGACAUGGUUUUUACCUUAAUCCCAAAGCCACAGAAGAACGUUGCUGGUGAAAUAGUGCUCAUAACAGGUGCUGGGAGUGGACUCGGAAGGCUCCUAGCCCUCAAAUUUGCCAGCCUUGGAUCUGUGCUUGUUCUCUGGGACAUCAACAAGGAGGGGACCGAGGAGACAUGCGAGAUGGCUCAGGCAGCUGGAGCCACGAGAGUUUAUGCCUACACCUGUGAUUGCAGUCAAAGAGAAGAAGUGUAUAGGGUGGCCGAUCAGGUUAAGAGAGAAGUUGGUGACGUUUCCAUCCUCAUCAACAAUGCUGGAAUCGUAACUGGCAAAAACUUCCUCGACUGCCCGGAUGAGCUUAUAGAAAAGUCUUUUGAUGUGAAUUUCAAAGCACAUUUAUGGACUUAUAAAGCCUUUUUACCUGCUAUGAUUGCAAAUGACCAUGGACAUUUGGUUUGCAUUUCAAGUUCAGCUGGAUUAACUGGAGUAAAUGGACUGGCAGAUUAUUGUGCAAGUAAAUUUGCAGCCUUUGGAUUUGCUGAAGCUGUGUUUGCAGAAACAGUGGCUCAGAAACAAAUGGGGAUCAAAACCACUAUUGUGUGCCCACUUUUAAUAAACACUGGAAUGUUUGAAGGUUGUACCACUAAGUUUCCUUCUCUGUUACCAGUUCUGGAACCAGAAUAUGCAGUGAGAAAGAUAGUAGAUGCUAUCUUGCAAGAGAAAGUGUACCUGUAUAUACCAAGGGUAUUGUACUUCCUGGUGUUUUUAAAAAGAUUACCCUGGAGGCGCCUAACCAUGCCCAUCGCUCCUCGUCCCAUGCCCCUUCAAGCCAACCAAGCUGGAAACCCAGAUCGUGUUCUGUCUAUUAAUUCCAUCCGCCCCUUCGGCUGGCUGGCCAGCUGGUCUCGGCAGCAAGUGGCGCCCAACGUGGGGCACGAAGGAAGGGUCGCCAAAGAACGACGGUGGAGUUUCAGCGGUGCGGAACCUGGAAGCGGUGUGAGGCCUCGGAAGAUUCCCCGUGUGGGAGACUUAGAAAAGGCGAUCUGGGCUCCUUCUAGACAUCUUAAGCCAUAUCAUGAGCACCCCACCAAGAAAACGUCGAUUCACGUGGGACGUCGAACCACCGGUGAUGAGGUUUCAGGGUCUAAGCCUGAAGACUACCAAAAUCACAUUCGCACUGCCACAGAUGCAUCGUGCAUCAAUUCCAACCUGGGGACAAAUAAAGAAAUUGAGUCAACAAGCAGAGAAGUUGUUAGAACAAGAAAAUACAUCUGUCACUCCAAAUAACUUGGCUCUGGCAAUGUUCGCGCUGGUGUUGGUGGCCGUAAGUAUACCCAGGGCCAUAGCCCAGCCGAAUAACAGUACUUACACAUAUUGGGCUUAUACUCCUAACCCCCCAUUGAUCAGAGUAGUGAACUGGGGAGAAAAUUCCAUCCCUGUAUAUGUUAAUGAUUCAUCCUGGGUCCUGGGGCCCGAGGAUGUCCGUCUACCUAUAUUUGAAAAGGAAGAAGGUACCCCAUAUGAAACAACUGAUUUUGGAUUCGACCCUUGGCCUAUUUGCAUAGGAAGAGGAAGAGGCUGUUUAAAUUUCACUACACAGGCUUGGCUAACUACUUACAUGCUCGAUAGAAAUCACAGCAAAACACAAUUACACAUGUUAUGGGGCUACAGUUUCCACUAUUCUAUUGCCCCCCAAAACAAUCUUACUGCUCCAAAUCAUCCAGUGUGUGCUAGCCAAAGAUUAUGGGUGGACAACAUUGAUCAAAUACAGUGAGAUGUUUGUCGUGGGACGGAGGGGGUAAUUUUGAUUAAUGGUUCCUAUGGAACAGUAUGGGACUGGUCCCACAAGGGGUAUGCACUCUCAAAUUGCUCCCAUACAGACUCCGCCUGCAAUCCCUAUAAAAGGUUAAGAUGGCAAAUUUCAGGGUCUAAGCACACUACUAUUACAACACUUAGUGUAUAUCCCAUUUUAUGGCACGGGGAAGGAUUUUCUCCUCUGCAACCUCAAUUUAAUAUGGGUAGACCACAGAUUGACUUAUGGAAACUAGCCUUCAGUCUAAGGUGAUUCAGAAUUUGGGAUGGAAACUAUGAGAACACAAAAUUGUCUUUCAACACAUCUGCCAAGUGGACUUUUUACAUCAAAGCCUGUGUCCGAGAUCCAUAUGUAUUGGCCGUAGGUACGGUAUCUAUUAAUGAAGCAGGUAAAACUGUGAAUUGUGAGGAUUGCAAAUUAUACACUUGCGUCAAUAGCUCCUUAUACAAUGAUUCUCACUCAUAUAUGCUAUUGAGGCGACGUUUGGGCGUUUGACUUCCAGUAAGUCAAAAUAGGCCGUGGGAAGGCUCUCCUGAUAGCCACGCCUUACUACAAAUAAUUGAGAAAAUCUUAAAAAGAUUUAUAGGAUUAGUAAUUGCUGCUAUAUCAGGCAUUAUAGCAAUAGCAUCCACUGCCACUGGUGCUGGGGUGGUACUGCAUCAAGCAAUUCAAACCACUACCUUUGUUCAACAAUGGCACAAAAAUGCUUGUGAAGCAUGGAACAGUCAGAUAAGAAUUGAUCAGGGAAUCAGUGAACAGCUAGUGGAUCUGGAAAAUGCUGUAUUAAUUUGGGAGACGAAGUACAUAACUUUAAAAAGCUAAUCAGGGGCUGGCCCCGUGGCCAAGUGGUUAAGUUCACUCACUCUGCUGCAGGCGACCCAGUGUUUCGUUGGUUCAAAUCC